AUGUGCCUGUCAGAGGGAGUGUACAAGGUGGUAGAUUUUGGGGUGGACAAGGCUGCUGAGAUUCUGGCAGCCAUCAUCGAGGGGUUCCCUCCGGGGUUGGUGACUCUGAAGCGAGUGGAAUGGUCACAGCCUGACGCGCAGCACAGGUGUGUAAUUGGAGAGGGGGAAGGAGCCCUGUAUGUGGCCUUCAUGGGCACAAAGCAGCGGCGGGAUCUGGUGGCCAAUGCGCAAGUCAUCCAGGACCCGGUGUGGCCCGAGGCUGCCGCAAUUCUUCAGGACUCUGCCUCUCAGGUGCCAGCAGCGCACCGGGGCUUCCUGACUCGCGCACAGUCCGUCCCCAUAGAGAGCCUGUAUGAGCACGCCUGCCGCCAGAAGAAGCGCCUCGUUCUGUCAGGCCACUCGCUGGGCGGUGCAGUGGCAGUGCUAGCGACGCUGCGGCUGCUGCGGCAACUGCCUCCGGACGCGCGGCCGGCCCUGCGCUGCAACGUGUUCGCCUGUCCCGCCAUCGGCAACGCUGCGCUCGCGGUGUAUGUCAAGGAGAUGGGCUGGGAGUCCUACUUUAACAACCUCCUUGUCCCAGAGGACGCUGUGCCGCGGCUGCUGGGGGGAAUGCAGCAGCAGCACAGCAUGCCAGCCGCCGACAUCUUCCAUGCAGCGGACGGCACACAGUCACGCCUGGCAUAUGCGCGCUCGAUGCUGUCCAAGAAGCUCAGCUUUAGCCACGCAGCCCGGCCCGUGGCCGCCUCCAAGGCGGCUGCCGCCGUCGGCUCCGCCGCGGCCGUCACUUGGGGCCGCCGCAAAGCCGCCUCCGUCGCCGCCUUGGCCGAUGACGCCAAAGCCUUCGCGCAGCGGCGCUCGGGCACAGGGCUCGACUCCUGGAAGAACGGGCCGGAGGGAGCAACCUUCAGUAGUGCAGCAGACACCGAUGUACAUUCGGAGGGCAAGGGAGGUGCUGGGUCGGAGUGGGAUGUGGUGUCGGCGUCCCUGGACGAGAGCGGGGGCGGCCAGGACUUUGAAGCGGGGCUGGGGGUGCGGCCUGAUCUGGCGCCGCAGGACCAGAUUGGCUCCGAGGCCUCUCGUGCGCGCCGCCGGCGGCUGCGCUUUAGCAGCAUCCGCACUGACGAUCACGACAGGAGCCUCACGCCCAUCUGGCCCCUGUCGCUGUAUCCGCUGUCCUACCGGGAGCGUGUCAGCGUGGAGCAGAAAGGCAGCGGUGUUUCCAGCAGCUCGCCUGGUGACACGCAGCAGCUCCGUGCAGCGUCUGUCUCAGCUUCAGCGGAGUCAUCGCCGAGCGUCUCGGCAUACCGACCAGUAGGGACCCUCUCUGCGUGUGGCGAGACAGUAUUGCCCCAGCAAUCAGCGGAGGAGGCAGAUCGCGAGGCAGCAGCGCUAAGGAUGCAGUCGUGUCUGCCGGAAUUAGUUUCCAUCGAUGCUGGAGAGUCCAGCAGCCAGCAACAGCGCAGCAGCACGAGCACAGGAGUACUGGUGCGGCGGCCAGAGCAAGCAGGUCAGGUACAGAAGCAGAGACAGCAGAACAGCGGCGUGGUGGGACAAGCUGCCAACAACGCAGUACCGGCGCAGCCAAUCUCACGGCUCACGGCGGUGCGGCGGACAGCCGUGCGCGCCGGCAAAGUCGUGCUCGGAGCCUCCGCCUUUGGUGCACGGAUGGGAGCUGGCUUGGCGGGUGCGGGGGUGAGGACAGCGGCAACGAUUGCCACAACGCCAUUCCGGGUGCCAUUCCGCGCGGCGCAGCGGCGAUACUUCCCCAUCGGCCGCCAGCUAUUCCUGUACCCUGACAUCGUCUCCCCCUCCAUGCCAGGCAGCAGUGAGGGCAGUGCAGCCUUGCUUCCACCGCCAAAAAAGACGCAGCUGCCAGACGCCAGAGACGAUCCUCUGCCGCUGGACGUGCGGCUGCUGAAGCAGAGCGCCCUGCCCUCCAAUGAGAAAGUGGCGCUGGUGGCGGGCGCGACUCCGCCCGGGCGCGCGCGGCUGCCGCAGCCGUUCAUCAUGCACAAGAUGGCCUUCCACCGCGGCCGCGCGCUCGGCAUCAUUCGCAACACCCUCCGCUCAUCCCUCCCCUGCUCCGACAGCUCUGACGGCCCCGGGGAGACAUACGUGCUGAACGACGCGAUCUUUGACGAUGUGCUGGCGCUGAAGCCGCCAUCAGCCGUCUGGCCGCGGCCGUCCGCGAUCGGCGCCGUUUCCGGCAACCGUGGCAAAGCCUCGCGCGGGCGCAAGGCCAGGCCGCCGCUGCUGAUGCCCGGCCUUGCACCCGCGCUGAAAGCCCGCAGCGCGGAGGCCUGGGUCGAGUGGGCGCUGCCAGGCAAGCAGGACGUGGAGCAGAUGCUGAAGGACCUGGGGAGCCUGUCGGACCCGGCGCGGCUGUCGGCUGCGCGCGCCGGGGCCGGCAGCGCCACGCUGGCGUCGGCCGAGCAGCGCUGGCGGUGGCUGCUGCCCUGGACCUGGAUCCUGGGCGCCUGGAGCAGCGCGCGGGAACGCUCAGACUUUCUGCUCGACGUCACCGUGCGCGGCGCCGGCCUCGACACGUGCUCCAGCGUGCAGGUGCAGGCUCUGGGGGAGGUGUGGUGCCGCACAGCGGUGACCCGCAAGCCGGCCGCGGCGCCGCCCGCGCGCGUCAAUGCGGCGCUGCACCCGGCGGCGCCCGACAUGCUGCGCACGGCGGCGCUGCUGCUGUCCUGGCUCUCCGGCGGCGCGCGCUGGGUGCUGGGGGCCGUCGACCGCCAGAACGCCACCGGCAUGCAGCGAGACCUCAAGGUGCGGGUGUGGGUGCCUGCGGCAGUGAUGCGGCGCGCGCAGGCGCUGAUGGUCCAGGGAACCGGGCCGGCCUCCUCCGGCCUCACCGUCGUUCUGCGCUCGGACUUCUACGAAACGACCGUCCCUCUUCAGGUGGUGGUGGUAGUGGAUGCACACCUGGCAAGCUUGGUGUUGGGCAAUGGGCACAAGCUGAGCAAGGCACUGGAACCGCCACUGUCAGAAGAGCUGCUGAGCCUCAAGGGGCACCCCACGAUGUUCUCUGCCGGCACCGAUUCUGAGUACUGGGCACUCCUGCGCAAGGGCACCGCGCCCGCAUUCAACCCCAGGCACAUCAGGGACGCGUUUCCAGCCGUGCUCAAGGUGCUGGAGCAGAUAAUCGGCAAUCUGGCAGAUGGCGGCCCCGGGGUGGAGGCGGAUCUGAACAAUCUGAUGAUGCGAUUUGCCAUGGACGUCACCGGCAUCUUCAUAUUCGCCAAGGACUUUGGGACCGCGCGCUCGUUCUCCGACGCCGGCACCGACGAGCUGUUCAUGAUCAUCAAGCACUCAUUGGAGGAGCUGAUGCUGCGCUGCGUCAACCCGCUGCGGCGGUUCAUGGUGUGGAACCGCGAAGUGCGCGAGGGCACGGCCACCUUUAAAGCCUUCCGGACCGCCAUGAUCGACCUCGUGGCAGAGGUGAAAGCGCGCGGGGAGCCGGCUGAGGAUGAUGUCACCAUCGCGGCGCAUCUGCUGCGGCUGCGCGAUCCGCGCACAGGGCGGCCGCUGAGCGACGAGCUGCUGGCGGGCGAGUUUGGCAUGUUCUUCACCGCCGGCCUCGAAACCUCCGGCAACGCAAUCUCCUGGACGCUGUGCGCUUACUCACCCCCACACCCGGAGGUGGAGCGGAAGCUGGCACAGGAGCUGGACGCAGCCGGCCUGCUGGUCACCCCCGAGCGGCCCAAGCCUCGAUCCAUGGAAUUUGCAGACCUGGCAAACCUGCCCUAUCUCUCCUGGGUCAGCAAGGAGGCGAUGCGCGUGCGGCCGGUGGCGAGCACGGGGACGUCGCGGGUGACUAAAGCUGACAUGGUGCUCGGGGGUUACCUCAUCCCCAGGAACUCCUUCAUCGUUGUUCCCUUUGACGCGGUGCACCAUUUCCCUGGCAACUGGCCCAACCAGCCGGACGCCUUCAUCCCGGAGCGGUGGGCGGUGCAGGGCUCAGAGCUGGCAACAGCCGUGGAGGCAGAGGGUGCCUCUCACGUUCGGGGAAUAGCAACAGCAUCUGUGGAAGUUGUGGGGACUGCAUCGCCUGCAAAGAGCCUCGGCGGCAAGCUGCACAAGAGGACUCCCUCCUACAUCACCGGCAGCCCAGCCAAGGGCUCGGCGGCAGAGGCGGCGGCGGCUGGCGCGGCGGCGAAGCGGUUCAUGCCGUUCAGCGUGGGCCCGCGGCAGUGCCUGGGACAGUCGCUCGGCCGCGUCAUGCACGACACGGCCGUCGCGCGCAUCGUGUCCAGCUUCCGGCUCGAGCUCGCGCCGCGUAUGGGCGGAGCGGCCGGCGUCGACGCGGCGGCGAUCAACCGGCUCACGCUGCAGCCCGGCGAGGGCAUGUGGAUGCGCUGCCACCCGCGCGCUGAUGUGGCCGCUGAUGUUGCGCGCGGGGGGUGA